AUGAAGCCUACGACCGCCAUCAUCUUUCUUCAUGCCAGUGCCGCCUCGGACUCCUUGCUAGAUACAAUCUUGCCAGCCAAUCCGCCUACUAUCACAAGCGAGGCAUGGCAGUGCACCACUGAGAUGCUGCCGCAAUACUUCGACCCCCCAAAGCCCACGGGGGCCCUCCUCACCGCAAUUCUAUCAUACGGCGACGAGAUACAAAAAGGCUGCAAGCCUACUGAAACAGACAUUUAUGGCUUGCCGGAGUGCACAUUUCCCCCGUCAUCGGUUUGGUGCGGCUUUUCCACCGCUGUUCCCUCGUCUCUCGUGUCGACAUAUUCAGCCUAUGGCAGUGUGGCGUCGUCAUGGUGGUCCGCACGUAGCUCAACUGCUGUGGAACUCGCCCGAAGCUGCCCUAUUGGAUGGUACCAGGCCAUGUUUGAUAUGCCUGGAGGACCAGGAUGGCUCAAUACCACUUUGGUCUUCGCUGGCUGCUACGAGGAGGCACACCAUACGACCGGAUCUUCGACCAAAGCGGCUGCUACCGCGACAACUGGCUCCAAAGCAACCUCAAGUGGUCCCAAGCCGACGAAAACGAUGACGACAAGCUCAGCCACUUCCACAACCAAAGCAAACAAUGUGGUCGGCCGAGCGGAGAGUGUCGAGUUGUGGAUGGUUGCUGGUACCGGACUGGCCGUCACCGCGAUCAACUCGAUGCUCUAA